AUGCCGCUCAAGCUCGCCAUGAUCGUCCUCCCUCCGUUGAUGGUAACUAUCGUGGUGCUGUCCCUGGUUGGCGCCUCUUGGGACGUCAUGGCCCGCGUCACCGUCCUCCUGGUCGCCUUCCUCGUCGUCAUCGGACUAUGCGACCGCAUGAGGCAACAACCAGCUGCUGAGUCCAUGGCCGCUCCUCCACAGGAGUCGUCGGCCCUAGGGCUUGGCGCGUCUGCCAUCGCCAGUCUCCCAGUGUACAAGUACGAGAAGAAGAGCGGCAGCGGCAGUGACGAGUGCUCUAUCUGCCUCGGCGAGAUGAAGCCAAAGGAGACGGUGAAGCAGCUACCCGUGUGCACGCACCUGUUCCACGAAGGGUGCAUCGACCUGUGGCUGUGGUCUCACCGGACGUGCCCGGUGUGCCGUAGUCCUGUCAUCGUGGCGGCUGCGCCGGCGAGCGUGGAGAUCCAUGUGCGCCAUCAGGACAGUCGUUGA